AUGACAGACAUGGAACUUGUGGAAGCUUUAAAUGCAACGGAGGUGCCUAUUGCACGGGCAGUUUUUCUUAUGAUUUCUGCAGUUCAAGACGCAGACGCCGGUGACAACAAAACUUGGUCGUGUUGUCAUCCCGACCGGAGUCCAGCUGCGUCGCCGGGCUCAACGACCGGAUGGAGGUCGCUUCGUGAAAGUCCAUCGGGACCUGCAGUUAUUGAGGUGUGUUACAAUGAUGGCGCUGACAGUUUUUUGACAGUUAAAUGGGUUCCUAUGGACAAAACUCAUUUGGUGAUGAUUACCCAGCGGAGUGAUAGGGAACGGUCACACCAACCCCUAAACACGUCAUUUUGCAUUGAAGAUGAACCCCUUGCCUCACUUGUUUUAGGGCAGCAAACGGGAUCGGGGGCUUCAGCGGCAGCAAUGUGGACUGCUGAGAGUCUCGGGUCAGCUCUUCACCGACUGCGUUGUUUGCUUCAGUCUGCAAUCGGCAAUACCGGUCGUGGUUCCGAGCAGAAUGAGAAGUUUUCUGCAGCGCAAGACAGUGACUGUGGACGGGAAUUGCCGAGCCCGCGGGAGACGCAACCUCGUCCUCUUGAAUUCCACUGCGGUGGACCCGCCCCUCCUCCUUCCCCUCCCGUGCCUUCCCAAGGCAGUUUGCUAUUUGCGGGAGUGGUCCCGCGUCCUCCCGGCGCCCGUUACGGCGAAGCGGAUCUCAUCCCCGGUGGUGGAGGUUUUGGUAUGGGUGGCGGCAUGAUGCUCGGCCGUGAAGCCUUCCAAGGCUCGCAUAUAGUCCCUGCUCGCUACAAUCCAAUGUUUCCGGGCGAUGUCCCGCCUAGGGUGCGGCCUCCUGGUCGGUACGGUUCAACGUUUCCUGGGGAACCCGAUCCUGACAACUUUUUGCCCCCAGGUGGCCCGGCUUUUAGUUCCAGUUUUGGACCCGGACGAAUGAACGGUUUUGGCGGACAUUUUUACCGUUGA